CAUUUUGAGUUUUCCUUCGGAAAAUUUCUCUGCAGAAAAAGCACCCCUCUCUCUCUCUCUCUCUUUCUCGGAUCCACCAUGUCUGCACUUCUUGACAUUACAAGCUCACUCUCUUCUUCAGGUAUAAUUAUACCGGGGAAGUGCAUUUGCUAGGUUCUGGAUUCUGCCCUUAAGUUUUGAUCAUUUGAAUUUCUUGGCUGUUGUUGCACUGCUGUGCACACCAUUACAUUUGGCUUCUAAAAAGUCAGCAUCAUGGGCUCCCGAUUCCCAUCCCAUCAAUUGAGCAAUGGCCUUUAUGUGUCGGGUCGGCCUGAGCAGCCAAAAGAAAGGCCUCCUACAAUGAGCUCGGUUGCCAUGCCUUAUACUGGUGGCGAUAUCAAGAAGUCCGGAGAACUCGGUAAAAUGUUUGAUAUCCCUGGGGAUUCCUCCAGGUCAAGAAAAUCUGGACCUAUAAAUAAUGCCCCUUCGAGGACAGGGUCGUUUGGUGGAGCUGCAUCUCACUCAGGCCAGUUGAAUUCCGUAAAUCGGAUGGGUUCGGUUUCUUCUGGUAGUGUUCCCAGUUCAGUUUCAUUAAAGAAGACCAAUUCUGGGCCACUAAGUAAACAUGGGGAACCGAUGAAGAAGUCAUCAGGUCCUCAAGCUGGAGGGGCAACAGCUGUUUCCCGCCAAAAUUCUGGACCUCUUCUUCCAGUUCUUCCAGCCACAGGCCUCAUUACUUCUGGGCCAAUUUCUUCUGGCCCACUUAAUUCAUCAGGGGCUCCUCGAAAGGUAUCUGGCCAAUUGGACUCUACAGGAUCACUCAAGCUGCACAGUAUCUCUAUGGUUCACAACCAAGCUGUUACUCAUCUUUCCCAGGAGGAGGAAUAUUCAUUCCGAAAGAGCUUUCCAAAGGCAAUUCUUUGGUCGAUAAUUUUGCUGUUUGUGAUGGGGUUCAUUGCUGGUGGUUUUAUCCUUGGGGCAGUCCACAAUUCAAUUCUUCUCAUUGUUGUUGUUAUUCUUUUUGUUGCUGUCGGUACGGUCUUCACCUGGAAUACUUGUUGGGGAAGACGAGCUAUAACAGGUUUCAUUGCUCGUUAUCCAGAUGCUGAGCUUAGAACUGCCAGGGACGGCCAAUUUGUUAAAGUUUCUGGGGUCGUUACUUGCGGAAAUGUACCUCUAGAGUCCUCAUUCCAAAAGGUUCCUAGAUGUGUUUAUACAUCGACAAGUUUAUACGAGUACCGAGGAUGGGAUUCAAAAGCUGCGAACCCCACUCAUCGCCGUUUUACUUGGGGUAUCCGGUCACUUGAGAGGCAUGUGGUUGAUUUCUACAUUUCUGACUUCCAGUCUGGGUUGAGGGCAUUAGUUAAGACUGGUUAUGGUGCUAGGGUGACGCCAUACGUCGAUGAAUCCGUUGUUGUUGACAUCAAUCAGUCAAACAGGGAUAUGUCUCCAGAAUUCAUCAGGUGGAUGGGAGAAAGAAAGCUCUCGAGCGAUGAUCGUAUAAUGCGACUCAAAGAAGGGUACAUCAAAGAAGGCAGUACAGUUAGUGUGAUGGGAGUUGUCCAGCGAAAUGAUAAUGUGCUGAUGAUUGUUCCUCCACCGGAGCCAUUUUCUACAGGAUGUCAGUGGGCUAAAUGCAUUCUUCCUGCCAGCCUUGAGGGCAUUAUUUUGAGAUGCGAGGACUCUUCGAAGAUCGAUGUCAUUCCUGUGUAGAAAUUAGCAUUUCGAAGCUCAAUACUAUUCUGCUGUUGUCAACUUCGAUUUGUUGGAGAGGGGGUUGUGAGAGUGUUGGUCUCGACUCUUUUAACCUGGUGUAUAGUCUCGUGUUUUUUUUUUUUUCAUGAUUCAGCUUAUUCUGGUCUGGAAGCUUUUGUCGUGGCAUUGGUGUGAUUAUUAAGGUGGAGAGGAACUUGAUGAUUAAUGAGAGUUGAACAUCCGAGUGUUUGUGUAGAACUUGUUCAGAGACUUGAGCAACUUGGAUUUGUCAAUGUUGAUUUUGAUAGAUGAAGUUUGUUGGUUGGAGGAAUCCUAGUGGCCUUUUAGCUGCCCUUGAGCUGUAUUUGGAAUGAAACUCUAUUCAAAAUGUGAAUGUUGUUUAAGAUACUGUUUGGUAAUGUUUUUUUUUUUUCGCUUUUUUUAAAGUAUGUUUAUUUUAC